AUGCAAAGAUUCCUCCAUGCACCAAAGGAGAAGCUGACUGCUACAACUACGGUGAAAGUGAACAGUGUUCUCAAUGCUUCUCAGGUAAAACUGAAUGCUCAGCUUAAUGGAUCAAUUUAGGUUCCUGGGAAACUACCCACCUACCCCUCCCCUAAGUCAACAUUUUGCCCUAAGUGAGAAGCAAUGUUAAUGUUAGCUUAGGGAAGGGGUAGAUGGGUAGUUUCUCUGAAACUUUAUUUUAUAAUCAUAUGUAUGCAUUAUUUUUAGCUCUGAAUUAAGUCCAAGCUUAGCAUUAACAUCCUAAUGCACGAGUUUUAAGGCCUAAUAUCACUUCAAAUGCAGUGAGGGAUCUGAUUUAAGUACCGUAACCAUAGAAACGGUUAAAAAAAACUUGUUAUCCUCUGUCCCUCUUACUUCAAUUCUGAGGGCUUGUCACUACAAAACAAUAGAGCGAGGCUUCGAUCAAAAUAAAAUCAAAAAGUGAGAGAAAUCUUUCGAAGAUUUUUAGAAUUAACAGCAGCGUGAAUGUUGUCAGAAUUUCGCUAAAUUUUGUCAGCACACCUUAUCCAAAUGAGGUUCACAUAACUUUUCACGGUCGAAAACGCUCUCGGAAAGAAAAAAGGGGAACACAUCUUCGUGUGUCCUAAUUUUUCCUAUAAGAAGGACACAAGGGAUAUUAUUUCUGUGCUUGACAGUGUUAAGAAAAGGCGUUCAUUCUAUAAAUAUCACUUAAACUUAGCUGACCAUAGAUAAUUAAGGGUGAGACUAUCAAUUCUCUCCUUACUAUCUUGUGAAGGUAAUUAUCUAGUCUCCCAAAUUAUCCACAUCUAUUCACGUAUGAACAGAGCCGAAGAGCAUAUUCUUUAACUUCCACAGCUUACUCUAGGUUUGUCACAAAACUAUGUGUCGCAACAUGCGAGAGGUAAACCUGUGAGCAAGUUCUCUAAUGAUGAAUAGGGCGCUGAAAUGUGAAGGAAGCAGAGACCGAAAGGGAGACAAGAUUCUCUUAGUCGCUUUAUAACAUAAAAGCAAUAAGUCCACUGACCAAUUGCACCCCAGACGCACUUGGACGUAAAAAGCGCUUUGAAGCGAAUGGUGGAAAGUCACUAAUAUAUUCAGUAUAUUACUAUACUUAUUUGCAGAAGUUAAAGUGGGAAAGAUGCAAAAAACUUAUAUCUGGAGAAGAAAAACUGAAAAAGCGUCCAAUCGUGUGGAAUGACGCAUAUAUUCGUGACAAGUAUCACCCUGAUGAAGAUUGCGCGCAUGUCUUAGAGACGCGCUUUGUUCAUCCUCCAGUUUCAAAAGAGGAAAAGCAGUUACCCAUCGCUUUUGGACUCACUAUUCACAGAAGUGCACGUCUGUUUGAACGUAUUCUACGCGCUAUUUACAUGCCAAACAAUGUCUACUGCAUUCAUGUCGACAAAAAGUCCUCAUCGGUUUUCCGUGAAGCAAUACAGGCCAUUAUCCGGUGUCUUUCAAACGUUUUUAUCGCAGCAAACAGUGUUGACGUCACCUGGGGACAUAUCACUGUAGUUCAAGCUCAAUUCAGUUGCAUGGAAGAGCUUUUGAAAUCGACCGUUAAAUGGAAGUAUUACAUCAGUUUAGUUGGGCAAGAUUUCCCACUUUAUGAUAACAAGCAAAUUGUACGAGCAUUACAUGGUCUUAAUAACACCAACAACAUAGAAAGUUUUCCUGUGUCUAACGAAUUUUUGGGUCGCACUAAAUUUGUUCACCUAUUAAAAGCCCGCCAGAUUUACAGAACGGAAACACCAAAAGGGCCGCCACCACACAACAUUUCAGUCUAUAAAGGAUCUACUUUUAUCAUUGCUAUACGAGAGUUUGUCGAGUUUGUUCUUUGCAACCAAAUAGGAAAAGACUUCUAUGAAUUCUUAAGGAAUGCUGAAGUUCCAGAUGAAGCGAUAUACUCAUCUUUACAAAGGCAUCCACAAGCUCCAGGCGGAAUCAACGGAAACCAACCAAAGUGGAUAGCUCGUGUUUUACUCUGGGCUACCGAAGAUACUCUUGACGUUUGCCAUGGAAUUUGGAUACGGCACGUGUGUUGGAUUUCCUUAGAAGAUUUGAGAUGGGUGCUCGGGGGAAGAGAGAAAAAACAACUAUUUGUUAAUAAAAUUCCAUUUGACUUCAGUGAGGAAUUAAUAGAGUGUAUUCUUCUGGCAAGACAAGGAAGGGAAUACGCCACUACUGUGUGGAAAUAG